AUGGAGCACCAAAACGCUGCAGAUGCAAUACACGCGAGUUUGGCCACCGUCCCACAAGCUGAGAAGAGCAUUGCCAAUGACGCAAGCAUUACUCGAAUUCCAACAUCGUCGCCUUCGGCACCUGAAACGAAAGGCCCUACAUUGUGUGGGGUGUGCAACAAGCUCCCAGCCAAGUACAAAUGCCCUCGCUGUUAUCUACCUCACUGUUCAGUCGCUUGUAACAAAACACAUCAAGAGAACCACCCCCCCGAUGUCGAGCCCAAGCCAACAACCAUAAGGUCUGACAUCCGGCAAACGAGCAAUGCAGUCGCGCCUGUCCCUAAGCCAGACCCCUCCAAUCCAUUUCAUGCGCUGGAUACCUCAGAGAAGCUUCAACUCCUGUUCCGUAGAUAUCCGCGCCUGAGUGAACAGUUAUCCGAAAUAUAUGCGGCAACACAACCCCCUCUAGAAGCCGCCGACAAGAGAUUACCGGCGUCGCUGAUGCAUGGCAUAAACAAGAAGGACGGCUGGAACCAUGAUGUUGGCAUCAGGAAUGGCAAGGAGGCCUUACGCAAAGCUCGCAGAGCUGAUGGAGAGGCAGGCGAUGCUGUUCGAGAAUACUCGGAACUUAUUCUCCACCUUAUCAAUGGUCAGGACACGAAUGGGCAACUUUCGUCUUUUAUCCAGCAGCAGUCUGCUCAAGAAGAUGGCAGAUUGAUCGAACAGCUGAUGGAACAGCGGAUCAGGUUGCCUAACCAUGAAACCAUGUGGACCCCGGAACUGCUAUUGAAGCAUCACCCAGGUUUUCUAUCCAUCUUGAUCUUGCUCGAGAAAGCCCAUUGGGAUGUCAUGCAUCACUUGCACAUUUUACCAAAAAGAAGUUGCUUUUGGCACACUUUGAUGAUGACGAGUCGUGCAGUACCCUUUCCUCGGGUGGGGAAGGUAUCUUGUCGUCUCUGCCAUAACGUCCGAAACCCCCGAGACGACCCUUCAAUGUCCAUUUCGAUUCCCGUUUCCUCAGCUCGGAAUGUUUGGAAGAAGAUGCGGUGGAGACGACAACAAAAGAAGUUGUUUUGUUCUGGUGGCGGGAAGGAAUCCGCAAUGUCCAAGGGAUUAAGUGAAGGAGGCUGGGGAGGUCCUAUAAUACUCCCGGUGCUCAUUCUCCUGGCCGUCUUGCCCGCGCCAUCCCUUCCUUUAGCUUGCCACGUAUGA